AUGUCUAAGAUCAACCGUCCUCCCGUGUCAGUGUCGCGCGUCAUGUACCUCUCGCGUAACCAGGGAGGUAUUGCCAAGGAUGCCUCGGAGUCGCCAAAGACUGUGGUGGUCGUCGGCACGAUUACGGACGACAACCGUGUGUUGGAGGUGCCGAAGCUGAGCGUGGCUGCCCUUCGCUUCACUAACACUGCUCGUGCGCGCAUUGAGGCCGCUGGCGGCGAGUGCCUCACGCUUGACCAGCUUGCGAUGCGCGCUCCAACCGGUAGCAACACGAUUCUCCUGCGUGGUCCUAAGAAUGCUCGUGAGGCGGUCAGGCACUUUGGUUUCGGUCCACACAAGCACAAGAAGCCAUUCGUGCGCUCCAAGGGUCCCAAGUUCCAGAAGGCCCGUGGUCGCAGAAAGUCGCGUGCCUUCCACGUCUAA